GCGUAUUCAACAGCGCUGACUUUCCGAACUUCCCAUGAUUUCUGUUGUCUUCGCUGAAUUUUAUUAUGUUCUCUAUGGAGUAAGAGAGCUGAGAGCAAAAUAUAAUUCACUCUGCGUCAGUGAUUGGAGAGUUUCAAUAUUCUGAAAAUUUAAAUACUUUUUGUGUUGAUCGUGGAUGAAAUCUGAUUGAGGUAUCACUCGAUUUUGAUUUUAUGAUUCAUUUUUGUCAUUAAAUUCACCUCAAAUCCAAAACUUUGACACUCACUUUCGAAAAUGAUUUUUGUUUGGCAUAUAGUUUUUCUACUUGAAACUGGGUGAAAAAUAUUAAGAAAACUGAAAAUAUUUUGUUAGCAUUAUCAAAUGCUAAUCACCAAAAUACGAAUCUACCUGUUGUCAAAUCUGUCAAAAGUAUCCCGAAUCAGGAGCAAAGUUGGGUUAGAAGUUAUAAAAAAUGCUGAAAACUGCAGGUCAUGUUCUAGUUUUCAGGACUAUGUGCGAGAGGCCAAAAAGAAGUUUCAAAAAGAAAACAAGAGCAAAGAGGUAAAAGAUAAAGAAGUCAUUGUGGAAGCACCUACAAGAGAAGAUUGUCCAUUAGAUAAAGAACAACUUGGUCGUAACACAUGGAGUUUGCUUCAUACGAUUGCAGCCAAAUAUCCAGAUAAUCCCUCUACUAUGGUACAAAAGGAAAUCACCGAUUUCUUUGCCAUAUUCUCAAAUAUAUACCCUUGUGAGGUCUGUGCACAUGAUUUCAGGGAAGAAUUGAGGAGAGAACCAAUAGAAACUAAAUCACAAGAAGCAUUGUCACAGUGGCUCUGUAGAAUGCAUAAUAAAGUUAAUUUCAAACUAGGUAAGGAGUUAUUUGAUUGUUCCAAGGUUAAUGAGAGGUGGAGAGAUGGUUGGCUAGAUGGAUCCUGUGAAUUUCGAACUAAGGUUGAAUAGCAAAUAUCAAUCAUUAUAUUGUAUAAACAUAUUUAAUGAUAUAAAAGGUUUCAUAUAUGAGUGAAUAAGGGGAGGAUUUAUUUCAUUUGCAGUACUCUAUAUUUUGCAGUAAAGGAAUAGAUUAAACAUUUUUCAAUA